AUGGCUGCGCCCACCCCCGGCCAGCCGCGCUCGGAGCUGCAGUCCGAGUCGCAGCCCGACCUCAUCGAGGCCGCCGCCGGUGCCUCCCAGGCCCCUCCCGUCGUCGACAUCAAGCCCUUGCUCUCGCGCCUGUGGCCACGCCACCCAGACGUCACUGCCGCCGAGAUCUCCGACGCCAUCGAGCACUUCUUCACCGACCGCAUCGACGAUGUCCAGACCGGCGCCCUGCUCAUGUGCCUGCACUUCACCGGCCUGGACCGCGACCCCGACGUCCUGUCGCAGUGCGCCCGGAAGAUGCUCAGGGCCGCCGCACAGGUCGACUCCCUGCUGCUGCAGCGCAUCAUCCAGACCAGGGGCCGGAGGGAGGGCAGCUACACCGGCGGUUUCUGCGACAUUGUCGGCACUGGCGGCGACUCCCACAACACCUUCAACAUCUCUACCACCGCCUCCAUCCUCGCCUCCAGCCUCCUCCUCGUCUCCAAGCAUGGCAACCGUGCCUCCACCUCCAAGUCUGGCUCCGCCGACCUCAUCGCAAACAUGCGCUUCCCCACCCCGCCAGACAUGGCCGCCGUCCAGCCCGACAAGAUCGCCCAGAUCUACAGCAAGACCAAUUACGCCUUCCUCUUCGCGCCCUCCUUCCACCCCGGCAUGCGCUUCGUCUCCCCCGUGAGGAGGAAGCUGCCCUGGCGCACCAUCUUCAACCUGCUCGGGCCCCUGGCCAACCCCAUGGAUGUCCACGACAGGCCCAUGCUCGAGGCGAGGGUCAUUGGCGUCGCGAGGAGGGACCUCGGCCCCGUCUUUGCCGAGGCACUUCGCCUCAACGGCGUGAGGAAGGCCAUGGUCGUCUGCGGGGACGAGGAACUGGACGAGGUCAGCUGUGCCGGCCCCACACUGUGCUGGAGGCUCGCCGAGGAUACCGCUGGCCAGGUACAGGUCCAGCAUUUCAAACUCGCGCCCGAGGACUUUGGCCUGUCCAGACACCCGCUCGACACGGUAUCGCCUGGCAAGGAGCCGGCCGAGAACGCCAAGAUCCUGAAGAGGAUACUGAAAAACGAGCUCGCCGACGAUGAUCCCAUCCUCGAGUUUGUGCUCAUCAACACUGCCGCCCUCUUCGUGGUCUCCGGGGUGUGCGACGCAGACUCGAGCGAAAUGGGCCAUGGCGAUGAUGGCAUCGUGGUGCAAGAGGCAGGUCCUGGCGGGGGUAGGUGGAAGGAAGGGGUGAGAAGAGCCCGAUGGGCGGUCAAGAGCGGCGAGGCUUGGAGGCAAUGGGAUGCAUUCGUCCAGGUCACGAACGAUCUCAACAGUGGACAUGCCUAG